UUAUGUGGAGAGUUAUCCCAGAGGCGACCUGUUCAGAAUAGUUUGUUUUUGCUUUGUUGUGGUUGCUCGACUGGACUUUGAAAAUUUCUGUGACAUUAUUGUUGACCGUCCAGUUUGCUUGUCCUUAUUGCAGACCAGGAAUUGAUGUUCGCUCAGCAAUUCAGUGUAUCGUUUUCUCUGGCUGACAUUACGACUGGGCGAACCACUGAACUAUUACGCUCAAUUUAAAGCGAUGCCAAGCUCAUAACACGAUAAAGGAAGGUAAACUUUGCUCUACGCUUCUCCAUGAGAUUUACCAGAGAUGUCUGUAUGGGAGUAUUUGUCAGAAUUGCGAGACAGUAACACUGAUGCAUCCGUGUCGCCCGAAGUCCAGAGUGUCCAGCCUCUACAGACAAUCCAGCCUUGCCAGAACGUUCAGCCUGCCCAGACCGUUCAGCCUGCCCAGCAAGUCCAGCCUGGCAAAAUUGUUCAUACUUCACUGCCUACCCAGACUAUACAGCCUACCAAAACGGCACAACCUAUCCAGACUGCUCAGCCUACCCAGACGGUACAGCCUACCCAGACUCCACAGCCUACCCAGACUGCACAGCCUACCCAGACUGCAAAGCCUACCCUGACUGCACAGCCUACGAGGACUGCACAGCCUACCCAGGCGGCACAACCUACCCCGACUACACAGCCUACCCAGACUGCACAGCCUUCCCAGACUGCACAGCCUACCCAGACUACACAGCCUACCCAGACUGCACAGCCUACCCAGACUGCACAGCCUACCCAGAUUGCACAACCUACCCAGUCUGCACAGCCUACCGAGGCUGCACAGCCUAACCAGACUGCACAGCCUACCCAGACCGCACAGCCUACCCAGACUUUACAGCCGACACGGACUGCACACCCUACCCAGACUGCACAGCCUAGCCCGAUCGUUAAUCCUUCCCCAACUGCACAUCAUCAGGCAUUUGCUUUUCACACGUCUCUCAGAGACCACAAAGUAACGCACACAGACAAAUAUCUCAAAUGUACUCCUAAGCCUGGUUGUUCCAAACAAUAUAAGCACGCGAGUUCAGUGAGGAGACAUCUACAACGUCGUCAUGCUAGCCAUAACAAUGCUGCAGUGGCCAAUGUGGCAGAUGAUCAUCAUGACGAUGAAUCUGAAGGAAGUGACGAGGAAAAUUAUACUAUACCUUCUCCAACCAGUUCUCUCGAAGUGAAUCCAGGAUCCCCAACGGGCGAAAGUGAGGGUUCACCAUUCUCCAUAUCUGAUCAGUGAGAGCCUGAGUUGUGUCCUAACUCUCCAUCAUCAGGUAGUGAGAGUGCAUCGAAGACUGAGAACGAGUUUCUGGAACUUUCAACAGCCGUUACAGCAGAGACCUCACCAGUAGGAACACCUAUCAAGGCCAAGGGACAAGCUUCAGAAGCAGAUGGUGCAUUCGCGCAACCACUAGAGCAGCAUGUCCCAGCACCGUCAACACCACAGCAUCAGCAGCAGCCACUUUCACGGACACCAAAAUCCCAGCAAUGCGCGCUUAACAAACGGCCUUACCCCCGCAACCACCAUCAUUAGACUGAGAAGCAGAAUUAUGAUACAAAGCGAUGUAAACUUUGCAUCUGGCUUCACCACUGAGAAGAUUUCCAAAACAAAAAAGCUACCUCUUCUGCGCGUGAUCGUCGACUCCCUGAAGACUGAUUGGCUGCAGCUUAGUCCCACCGUUCACAUCCUAAUCAAUGCUCUGCCCUCCACUUAAUACACACAGCUAGCACUCACAAUAAAUCAGCGUUAUGACAAAUAAGGUGAUAAGUGAAAUUUUAAAUAGCUGGUUAGUUGCUACUGUUCUCUAGCCCAUAAUAAUUAACGACCUUCAGUUUGCCCCACCGAUAGGCAUUCGGAUGAAAAGAUCAAAAUUGACACACACAUUGUAUGACUGUCUUGCUCGUCCUAUUCCUGUCUUUUCUUGAAGUGUGUCUCAGAUCUAUAAUUUAAAGAUUUGUUUCUGUUGUUAAACAGGCUAGAUACUUUCACUAGCAUAACACGUCAAUGCGGAAUUCGUUUUCAUUAUAAUUAUGGCGUCCGCUGAGUCUCCUGUAACCAUGGUCACCUAACGGAAUUUGGUAGCCUACAUGUUUGCUGUGUCCCUCUUGUAGUCAUAAGCAUGUUAUGUCUUAUGUUUGUUUGUCAUGAUCCUGAAGAGCUGUGUUCGUAAACACAACGUCUUCAUAUUUUUAGUGGGAAGCUAAUUGUCGGUGGGACUAGAGUUCCGACUCAUCCCAGUUCCACAAAUUGACAGUAGCUGGAUUUCAAGGUGGUUAAUUUGGCUGUUGCGUCAUUAGGAUGCGUGGCACGUUUUGCGGGCUUACUUCGUAGGGACGACUUUGUCAAUAUUUCCUGGAACUUGACCUGGACUGUUGUUGGGGAGAUUAAAAGAAUAAUCACAAAUUUUCUUUAAACAAACCGUCUACCUCUCCACACUGCGCUCUUGACCCACAUUCAC